AUGCGCCGCGGCUUCCUCGCGGCCGCCCGGCCGGGCCCGCCGCCGCCGCCGCCGGCGGACGAGAGCAAGUGCUUCGUGUGCGGCGGCCGGCGCUCCGCCUCGGACGCGAACGCGGACGUGCGCUGCUUCGGCGCGCCGGCCUGCGGGAGCUGCGCGCGGCGGUGGCGCGUCGAGGCCGCGCUGCGGACGUGCCGCGACGCGCAGAGGCUCGCGACGCGGGGCCGCCUCGCGCCGUACCUCGGCCGCUUCGUGGAGCAGUUCGAGGGCAUCCGGGCGGCCGCGCCGGAGCAGCUGGACCAGUUGCUGGACGCGCUGCGGCGGAACAAGGCCGUGGGCCGGCGCCGGCCCGGCGCCCGCGUGGACGCGCCGCCGCAGGGCCUGGUGGACGACGCGACGCUGCUGCGGCUCGCGGGGCGGCGGACGUCCGACGACCGGGUCGUCGCGGCGCUGCGGCGCUGGGCGCGGACGACGCCCGAGGGCCUCGGGCUCUACGAGGCCUACGCGACGCUCGAGACGCUCCGGGCGGCGCGGGCGGACCGCGCGCGGCCCGGGAGCUGGACCUACGCGAACGGGGACGUGGCGAAGGUCGCCGCGGCGCUGGUCUCGGGACGGGGGGACGCGCUCGGCGCGGCGUUCGCGGACCCGACGGCGCUGUCGCGCCUCGGGCGCACGUGCCGCGAGGCGACGCACUGCGUCGCGCGGUCGGCGGCGGCCUGGCGCGCGUGCUGCCUCGCGCGGCACCCCCACCUCCGGCGGGACGGCGGCGACGCGGCGCGCUGGCGCGCGGCGGCGCACUUCGCGGGCCUCCGCCAGACCAGACGCCCGGCCCUGCCGCCCGCGACGGCGUGCUGCGUGCCGCGGCUGCGGCGGGAGCUCAAGGUGCUGACCGAGGAGCCCGUCGCGGGCCUGAGCGCGCUGCCGCGCGAGAAGGACAUCCGGGUCUGGCUCGCGACGGUGGACGGCCCCGCGGAUACGAUGUACGCGGGCGGCCGCUUCCGCCUCUCCUUGCAAUUCGCGGACGACUACCCGCUCCAGCCGCCGCGCGUGCGCUUCCUGACGCAGGUCUUCCACCCGAACGUGGAUGUCGCGUCGGGCGCCGUCUGCGUCGACCUCCUGACCGACGCGCACUGGACGCCGGCGGCGAACGUGAGGGUCGUGCUGCUUUCAUUGCAGUCGCUGCUCGCGGACCCGACGGCCGUCGACGCCGAGAGCCCGGCGAACGCCGAGGCGGCCGCGCUGCUGAAGAACGACCGGCCCGCCUUCGAGCGGCGCGCGCGAAUGGACGCGGCGAACUCGCUGGACUUCUACGACGGGGCCCGGCCCGAGGACGAGGCGCCGGAGGAGCUCGAGGCGCCGGACGCGGGCGAGGAGGGGUCCCCGGCGAAGUGGGCGAGCGAGGCCGCCGCCUGGGCCGCGCGCGAGGCCGGCGUCGAGGCCCCGCCGCCGGCCGACGACGGCGAGGACUGGGCGCCGCGCUCGUCGCCGCUCGGGAAGUCGCCCUCGAAGGCUGCGCGCGAGGCGGCGAUGGAGAUCGGGUGA